UAGGGGUGACCGCCGGUGUCUGGAAAAUGGAGAAGACUUUGAACAGAAUUCAUCCAGUUUCUGAUCCAGAAGCAACAUAUUUUCUACAAGUAUCUUGGGAAAAAGAUAUAGGCGCUGGCUUUGGCAUAGUACUUAGUGAUGGUCAAUGUGCAUGGACUGGGACAGUGUCUGAAGCUGAAAUUAGUAGGGAGGCUGCUGACAUGGAAAUGAAUAGAGAAAAAUAUGUCGAAGAACUGAAGAAAGCAUUGAUAGCUGGAAAAGAAUCAGCUGACAAAUACAACUUUGCUAUUUCAAGAGAUGAAGAAAGCAUGGAAUGUCUCUUCUCCUAUGAAAGAAAUCUGAAAGAUGGCUCUUUUAGGCUUGGAUCUCUGAAGCUACAGAAGGUUUCAAGUCCAGCAGAAGUGGUUAAGGAACUGAUUGGCUACUGUCUGGACUGCCUGGGGAGACUGCAGGCGAAAAAUGAGCAUCUGCAAAAAGAAAAUGAAAGGCUUUUGAGUGAGUGGAGUGACGUGGAGAAGCGGCUGGAAAAAUGUGUUGAAGCGAAAGAGGAGUUAGAGGCAGAUCUUUAUAGCCGUUUUGUUUUGGUGCUGAAUGAAAAGAAAGCAAAGAUAAGAAACUUGCAGAAGCUGUUGAAGGAAGCUAAAGAGUCUGCAGCGGAAGCCAAAUGUACAAGGGAUAAUAAUGCUACCACUCAGAUGGCUACAGGGAGAGAAAAUGACUAUGAUGGCAGCACUGAUGAGGAAAGUGAAAAUUUAACACAGGCCUCAUUACCAUCAGGGCCAGAACGAAGGGAUUCCAUUUUGGGUAGCCCAGAUGUCAUUGAAACCGCUCCAAGAAGAAAGCGGAGACAAAGGACAGCAAAGCCUGCUGGGACAGGAGCUAAGGUGGCUGCUUAUGAGACAGAACUGCCACACAAGGAAAAGUAA